AUGCCGGGCCGCCGCCGCCUCCUGACGCUGCUGCUGCUCGCCGUGCUCUGCCUGCCCGCUCUCAGCCUCCGCCAUGAGCCCUCCAAGAUCGCCGUGGUGGGCGGCGGGAUCGGCGGCUCGGCCGCCGCCUAUUUCCUGCGGCAGAAGUUCGGCCGCAGCGUGCAGCUGCACGUGCUGGAGAAGGCAGUGCUGGGCGGCCGGCUGGACACGCUGGAUGUGGAGGGGGCCAGCUACGAGGCAGGGGGGUCUGUGAUCCACCCCCUCAACCUGCACAUGAAGCAUUUUGUCCAGGAGCUGGGCCUUUCAGCCAACACACUCCAGGGCAGCCCCUCAGGCGUUUACAAUGGGGAGGAAUUUGUGUUUGAGGAGAGCAGCUGGUCCUUCAUCAACCGCCCCAAGCUGCUGUGGCACUACGGCCUCAACCCCCUGCGCAUGUCCAUGUGGGUGGAGGACAUCCUGGACAAGUUCAUGAGGAUCUACCGGUACCAGAUGCACGACUACGCCUUCAGCAGCAACGAGCGCCUGCUGCACGCCCUGGGCGGCGACGACUUCACGCGGCUGCUCAACCAGAGCAUCGACGAGGCCAUGCAGAAAGCAGGGUUCUCCCAGAAAUUCAUCAACCAGGUGGUGGGCCCGGUCAUGAGGUACGCUUAUGGCCAAGGAGUUGGCGUCAAUGGCUUUGUAGGUGCUCUCCUUGCGGGCUGGUUGCAGUCGGGCCUUUGGUCUGUGAAAGGGGGGAACAAACUCGUGUGCUCCGGCCUCAUCUACUCCUCCAAGGCCGAGGUUAUCCCUGCAACAGUCGUGUCCAUAGAGCCAAAAACCAGACACAACCGUGGCGGGGACCCGGUGAAGCUCUACGAGGUCACCUACAACACGUCCUCGGGGCUCACAGGGGACACCUACGACGUCGUGGUCAUCGCGGCGCCGCUCGGCCGCAAGAUGGCCAACAUCACCUUCCGCAACUUCGACCCUCCCAUCCCGGAAUUCCCCAAUCCCUACCAGCAGAUCAUCACCACCUUGGUGCACGGGCGCCUGAACACCUCCUUCUUUGGCUACCAGGACCCCCAGGAUUUUCACCUUGGUGCCAUUUUCACCAUGGACAACCCAAACUGUUCAUCAACAGCCUGACCCUGGAGCCCCCUGUGGGGGGACACGGGCACGGGCGGGCAGCUGCCGUUGCCCUCGGCCGUCUGGAAGGUGUUUUCCAACGAGGAGCUCAGCAAGGAGCAGCUCAGUUUGCUCUUCUCCUCCUACGACUCGGUGAAGGUGAAGCCGUGGCUGGCCUAUCCCCAGUACAGCGCUCCCGAGAAGUUCCCUCCCAUCGUCCUGCACGAGCAGCUCUACUACCUGAACGGGCUGGAGCGCGCCGCCAGCGCCAUGGAGAUGAGCGCCAUCGCUGCCCGCAACGCCGCCCUGCUCGCCUUCCACCGCUGGCACGGCCACAGCGCCAGCGUCGACCAGGACCUGCACGAGAGGCUCAAAACGGAGCUCUGACACUCCCCCAGGGAUUAAUUAACACUAACGAACUCUGUGCUGCGCCCCUCCAAGGAGGUGUUCCUUAGGAUCAUGGGAUUCUUAAGAUUGGAGAGUCUUUAAGAUCAUCUUGACCUUCAAGAUCUUCAAGAACAUCAAGACCUUCAAGCUGGUGUAAUUAACGCUAAUGAACUCUGUGCUGCACCCCUCCUAGGAGGUGUUUCCUAGGAUCAUGGGAUCCUUAUGAUUGGGAGGUCUUCAAGAACAUCAUGACCUUCAAGAUCUUCAAGAACAUAAAGACCUUCAGGAUGCCGUAAUUAACACUAAUGAACUCCAUACUUUGCCCCUCCAAGGAGAUGUUCCCUAGGAUCACAGGAUUCCUAUGGUUGGAAGGUCUUCAAGAUCAUAAUGACCUUCAGGAUGCCGUAAUUAACUCUAAUGAACUCCAUACUUUGCCCCUCCAAGGAGAUGUUUGAUAGGAUCAGGGGAUCCUUAAGUUGGACGAGUUUCAAGGACUCCAAAACCAUCAAGAUCUUCAGGAUCUCCGAGAUCAUCAAAACUUUCAAGGCCAUUAGGAUCUUCAAGACCAUCAAGAACAUCAAGACCUUCAAGAUCAUCAGAAAUUCCUCAGGGAGAAGAUGGGGUGCUGGGAGCUGCCAAAUGGGUGGGAAAGAGGAUAAACCACCAAUAUCCACUGCUGUGUUGAAGUAUGAAGCUAAUAAAGAAUUUAAUAACCUGA